CGGCAUUUGACGGACAGCGUCGGAGGCCAAUGAGCGCGCGGGAGGCGGGGCGGGGCCGGGAGACGCCGCCGCCAUUUUGCGGGUCGCGAUGGUGAAGCUGUUCAUCGGGAACCUGCCGCGGGAGGCGACGGAGCAGGAGAUCCGCUCCCUGUUCGAGCAGUACGGGAAGGUGCUGGAGUGCGACAUCAUCAAGAACUACGGCUUCGUGCACAUCGAGGACAAGACGGCGGCCGAGGACGCCAUCCGCAACCUGCACCACCACAAGCUGCACGGCGUCUGCAUCAACGUGGAGGCCAGCAAGAACAAGAGCAAGGCCUCCACCAAGCUGCACGUGGGCAACAUCAGCCCCGCGUGCACCAACCUGGAGCUGCGCGCCAAGUUCGAGGAGUAUGGCCCCGUCAUCGAGUGCGACAUCGUCAAGGACUACGCCUUCGUGCACAUGGAGCGGGCCGAGGACGCCGUAGAGGCCAUCCGGGGGCUGGACAACACCGAGUUCCAAGGCAAGCGGAUGCGCGUGCAGCUGUCCACCAGCCGGCUGCGGACGGCGCCCGGGAUGGGAGACAAGAGCGGCUGCUACCGCUGCGGGAAGGAGGGGCACUGGUCUAAGGAGUGCCCGGUCGAUCGCCCAGGGCAAGUGGCGGACUUUGCCGAGGCCUAUAACGAGCAGUACGGAGCCGUGCGCACUCCCUACACCGCGGGCUAUGGGGAGACCGUGUAUUACGAUGAGGCCUACGGCGGGAUGGCCGACUACUACAAGCGCUACCGCGUCCGCUCCUACGCCACGGCCUCGGCGUACGACGCCUACGCGGAGCAGACCAUGGCCCAGUACUCCCAGUACGCCCAGUACUCCCAGGUCCAGUCCUCGGCCAUGGCCGCCACCACGGCCAUGGCCGGCCGCAUCCCCACCACCUUAGACGCGUACGACCGAGCGCUGCUGCCCACCCCGGGCGCGGCGGCCGCCGUCGCCGCCGCCGCCGCCGCCACCGCCGCGGCCGCCGCCGCGUCCUCCACGUAUUACACCCGGGACAGGAGCCCCCUGCGCCGCACGGCCGCCGCGGCCAGCACCGUCGGAGAGGCGUACACGUACGAGCGUGGGCAGCUGUCGCCCGUCUCCUCGGUGGCCCGGGCGUCCCUCUACGACAUGCAGCGCUUCGGGCGGGACCCGUACGCGGACCGGGCGCGAUACUCCGCCUUUUGAGCCGGAGGUAAGAUUUGUGCGGCUGGACGUCGGGGUCCCGUCGCACGCCAACUCGGCGCCGCGCGUCUCGGGCCGCGCCGGGUGCCACCGCCGCCGCGUGCCGCUCCCGGGCCCAUUCCUUACGGACGCGCGGCUCGUCCUCAGCCCGGGCAGGAUUAGCUCAGCCCCUCCCCCAGCUUCCCCCGCCCCCCUGGGCAGGAUUUUGCUUUUCCAGGUAGUUUUGGGUCCCCACCCCGGGCUCAGGUGUGAGCGCGCAGCCGCAGCCAUCCCCCAGCGCCAGCUUUGCUUUGCUUCGCCGCCCCCUCGCUCCCCCAGAGCUCUUCCCGAGUCGUCGUUUUGCCUUUUUUUUCCUUUAUUUUUUAAGAGGGUGGAUAAUCCAGUGGUAGGUUUUUAGCCCAACGCUGUAGCUGACCGGAGGCCGCCGCACCGCGCCGGCGGGGGUGGAACCCCCCAAGUGAUUUAGAGUCCCCCUGACCCCACUUUCCAGUAAAAUAAAACUCAAAAUUUUUAACAAACGG